AUGGACCUCCCGCCGUACGCGAAUGCUCCCGCGGGCAACCCGCCCGAUUUUCCAGGCGGAGUGAACAUGGCGGACAUCAUGGGGCCGGACUGGAAGCCUACCGCGGCCCCUGCCUACGGCCAGAUGGGCCUGAAUGAGAAUGGAGAGAUACUGGCUGAGGCGAGCGUGGCGCAAGAGCCUGCGACCCCGUCGGACGCGCCGACCCCUGGUGAGGCUGCGGCGCACCAGAUGGCGUCGCCGCCGAACCCAUUUGCAACACCGGGACGUGACGCGGGCGCGCAGAACCGCUUUAGCUUUGUGAUUGGACACUACACGCAGCAAAACGGUGACCAGCAGGCGGCUGAGCCGACCGGAGCUGCCGACGACAAAGAUUGGCACGCAAAGCUGACCGAGGAGGACCCUAACCAGACGCCGACGCCCGUUAUUCACCUUGACACACAGCGGUCGGAGCUAGCGCCGUACACGGUCAGCGACGGCCAGGCCAAGCCGACCGUUCCGAAGCACGAGGACGCUGAGGAGACAGCCGCGGAGAGAACCCGCAAGCGGCAGCGAGUAUCCCCGCCCUCCCAUGAACAACCUCGCCAGCAAGCCCGCGCCGUCUCACAGGCCUACACUGCCCCUCCUGCGCGCACCAUUCAGCCGCCGCGCCAGCAACCCCAAGCACCGAAAGUCGAGCCGUUGGUCCUCCAGACGGUGCCGGCUCCGCUGAUGCACCCGCCCAUCCCGUCCUUCUCAGAUGACCAGCUCUACCGCCUGGCGCAGUUCAUGCACCAAGUCGCAGCGGCGCGCAGCAUGCUCCCCGAGCCCCUCGGUGCGGCGGGAGUAGCCGCGCACCCCAUGCCGGAUGCAAUGACUGCGGCGGCUGUGACGUACGGCCACCCGGCCCCCAUGGGGAACCCUGAGAUGGACCCUGCACGCGACCCUGAAGCGGCCCCUGCGCGCGACCCUGACCCCACUCCCGCCCCUGCCCCGGCACUGGCCGAGGACCCUUUCGGUCAGGGUCGGCGCGACCCUGAGCCCGCCCUCCGCGGAGACCCUCCUCCUGGCUACUACGCUCCCCUGCCCGCGGCUGCUGACCCCGGUGUGAACCACGCGGGGGCGGUGCCGUGUGCUAUGGACGUGGACCUCCCCCCUCUGAGUAUCGACUGCCUUCCGCUUGCGCCGCCGAAUCCAUACGGGACCUUCGCGGAUGGCUCCCGCUGGCUGGCUGGGGGGCACGGAGAUCUCAACCCUGACUUUGACGACGCGCAACGCACGCCCCCGAUGGGAAACUUCGUCGACGGGAACGCCCGCGCGAAGGAUCUCAACGAAUCCAAAAUGCUCGAGGUCACGAUGGAGCCAGACUACCUCUUUCCCCUGCGCCACCUCCGCGGCCCCUUCGACCUGCAGCGCGGCCUAGAUCAAGAAGAUGUCAGGGACUGGAACAAGGAGCCCGCUGGCACGCGCCUCGCCAUCGAGCCCUUCGCCACGCCGCGCCUGGACUCCGUAGAGAAAGCGCAGGCCCAUGGUGCGAAGAUCCGCAAACUGCUCCUGCGAAUCACGCUCGAGAACGGUUUCUACUUGACGACCCCGCGCGUCCUUGGACCGAAUGAGGCCGACGACGCGGGUGUCAUCCUCAGCAGCGGCUGGUCGCGCGAGGCGGCUCAUGUCCUCCUCACGGGGAACAAGGGUGUGUGGUCGACGCCUAUCGGCACGAUCCGCGUCUCCGACGUCCUUGUCUCGGUGCCGGACUUCCUCUUUGGCUACGAGUUUGAGAACACCGCUCAGCGCCCCCUUGGUCGAGGGGAGAUCGAGGCAGGGCUUCGUCACCCCAAGUUUAGACAGACCUUCCCCAAGCUCCUCGAAGACCUGGGGAGCCCACUAGCCGCGCCUGAGCGCGAGACCUCCCGCCAGAACUUCAUCACCGCGGUCCUCCUGACCAUCCACGUGGACAUUGUCGACUUCGGCCCCCGCGUCAACAGUAGGCCUAACAAGAUGAUCGCGAACGUCUAUUGCUCCCCUCUGACGAAGAGCCCAACCCACUGGGAGUCCUGGCGCCGCCGGAUGGCGGAGGUUCCAUUCAGCACGCCCAAUCACGGUGCGGCCAAAGUCCGUCGCGAGACGAGGUGCACGGGAUGCUCGGGGGCGGACCACCCGCCGCAUCUCUGCCCCUUCAUUCGCGUGCCUGGUUGGCACCACAAGGAGCCUCUGCGCAACGACAACGCCGCACCCGCGCCCACCGCGGCGCCCGCGAGUGCCCCCGCAUCGCAGAUGCCCCCGCAGCCUGAGGCGGGCAGUGCGCCGGUGGUGCCCCGUGCCUCCCUCAUGGACUCCAUCCAUGCUCCGGCAACCGUCAACCAGCCGCGCGCCCAAACGCAACACCUGCCGACUGCCGCGCCCCAGACCAUGCACACCAGCACGCACGCCGCCACCCUGCCUGCGCCCCCCGUGCCCGCGGCGGUGACCGAGGCCCCCUCCGUGCCUGGCCCGGUGCCCAGCUGUCCCUGCACCGCCGGCGGGCACCCUGGCGCCCCCGACCGCGCGGCCGCAGCCCAAACCGCCCCGCCGCCCACUGGCCCCGCUGCGACGCGAGGCGAUGGCGGAGGACGCCCGCCGCGUGAGGAAGGACGGCGCCACGCUGACACACGCCGUCCUGAGGACGCGCGGCGCGUGGAGGACGCGCGCCCGUACGAAGGCGGCGCUGGACGAACGCAGCGCUGGGAGCAUGAGGGCGCGGCGCGUUAUUUCCCCGCCCCGCUAUACGACCCAAGCAUGCCGCAGGCGGGCGGAGGGAUGUACCCCCAGAUGGCGUACGCGCCCCAGCCCUUCCCGUACCCCUUCAUGCCAGCGCCGUACUUCCCGCCGCACGCCAUGCACCCGCCCCCCUACGGAUACCAGCCGCAGGGCGAGAACUACCACGGCGCCCAAGACGGGCAGGGCCGCGGCCGCGGCGGAGGGGGACGAGGAAGGAGGGGCGGACCGUACAGAGGCCACAACGGGCCUUGA